UUGGUGAAAAUUUGUGCAUUGAAGACCGUUUUCUAAAGCCCUUCGCACAAUGGGGACCCUUUUCGAACAGCUGAAGAUUUUGUUCGACUAUGAGCUGUAUUCUAACGCAGCGACGUUGGCCAAUCUGGUACUGGCAGUCCACGAGACGAACCGUGCAAUAUUGAGUCCUCAGGAUCACCUGAGCACUCUCGUUUACUACGCGGAAUCCCUAUACCACGAGCGCCAGUUUCGGGAAGCGGAAGUCGUCUACCGACAGGCAAUUCAGCUGCGACGCCUGUUGUCGAAAAACAAAUCACCCAACUGUAAGCCGGCUCAACCGGGGCAGGUCGAUCUCCAGUCGGAGGUGGAACUGAAGUACAAGACGGCCAAGUGUCUGAUCGAAAUCAAGCGCUACCGGGAUGCGGUCGUGUUGCUGCAGACGCUCGCCCUCAAGCAGCGCACCCCGAAGGUUAAUAUGUUGCUGAGUAAAUUGUGCCACAACCAUGGCCACGAGCGAACCGCGAUCGGCACUUACAAAGAGGUGCUAAAGGACUGCCCACUGGCAUUCGAAGCCAUCGAGGGCUUGCUGGCGCUCGGGAUUAAGGGCAUCGAGGUGAACUCGCUGAUUGUGGAUGCAUCGCUUGCGCCUCAGUGUAGCGAUUGGAUGAGCAGCUGGAUAAAGGCGCACGCCAACAUCCAGGCACGCAAGUACACCGAGGCAAUUCAAACGUUACGUAGCAUCGAGGCGAACACGGCCCUACGCAACUACCAUCAGCUGCUGGUGCUGAUCGGCGAGUGUUACUACCACAAUGGUGAGUACGAGAACGCUUACAAUGCGCUCAAGCGAGCGCACGGCCUGCAACCACAAUCCCGGGCUGGGCUCCAGAUACUUGCCAUACUGACGGCAAAGAAAAAGAAGAUAAACGAGCUGGAGAAGCUCAUUACGCCCGCCUCGUCCUUCCUGAACGAGUACUCGUCCGAGAUAUGGUUCGUGAUGGCCCAGUUCCUCUACUCCACGACCAAAUACGACAAAGCGGUGUAUUUUGUGCAGAAGGCUUGCUUCAUGAAUCCGCGCAACCUGGAAGCGUUGGUUCUGAAGGCAGAGAUCCUGCUGCAGCUGAAGAAGUACCAGCAAGCCAUCGAACAUCUGCGGUACGCGCAACAGUUUGCACCGUAUCGAUACGAAAUCCACAAGGUGCUGGUAGACAGUUAUCUAAACAUGGGCCGUGUGCGUGAAGCACAAGUGCAGGCACUGAAGGCAGUCAAAAUGAUUGGCGAAACGGCACGAAUGUUGGUGCUACUCGCACGAACAUACAUGAAGGAAAAGGCGACACGGCCCAAGGCGAAGGCACUCUUCAUCAAGGCGCUCGGUAUCAACGAAAACUAUCUUCCGGCCGUGUAUCUGCUGGCUGAGCUGUACCAACGCGAGAACGAUAUGGCCAGCAGUAUGGAGCUACUGAAGAAGCAUGUGAUGCUGUCGCAAAACUGUAAAUUACACGCCAUGCUGGGCGAUGUGCUGAUCAAUGAUAAGGACCAUUCGGGAGCGCUGGAACACUAUACGAUGGCCAUAAACCUCGAUCCAUCGAACCGUUGUGCAAUGGCUGGCCUCCUGGCAAUGGGACAAAACAAUGGCAACACGAGCAGUACGUCGAACACUGGUGCAACCACUUCCUAUCUUGAAUCGAUGGCGGACGAAGGCAGCGAUAUGCCGGACACACCGCUGGAAAUGAUCGAAAUACGAACCACGGGCCCGAACGAGAUGGAGUCCGAGAGCGAUGCAAUGUGGUCCGAUGUGGAAAUUGAAAUCAAUCAGUAAACACAGCGCGCUACCGAACAAACAGCGGAA